GGGCGCGAGGCCUUGGCAGCAGUCAGCCACCUCGGGAGCCGCUUCUCCAGCUAUCGUGCGCCGUCGCGUCCUCGCCAUGGAAGGCUACCAUAAACCCGAUCAGCAGAAGCUGCAGGCCCUGAAGGACACAGCCAACCGCCUGCGCAUCAGCUCCAUCCAGGCCACCACCGCGGCGGGCUCGGGCCACCCCACAUCAUGCUGCAGCGCUGCAGAGAUCAUGGCUGUGCUCUUCUUCCACACCAUGCGCUACAAGGCCCAAGACCCUCGGAACCCGCACAACGACCGCUUCGUGCUCUCCAAGGGCCAUGCAGCUCCCAUCCUGUACGCCGUCUGGGCGGAAGCCGGCUAUCUGCCUGAGGCUGAGCUGCUGAACUUGAGGAAGAUCAGCUCUGACCUGGACGGGCAUCCUGUCCCGAAGCAGGCUUUCACCGACGUGGCCACUGGCUCCCUGGGCCAGGGCCUGGGGGCCGCGUGUGGCAUGGCCUACACCGGCAAGUACUUCGACAAAGCCAGGUGGCCCUCUAACAUAGCAUGGAGCUACCGCGUCUAUUGCCUGCUGGGAGAUGGCGAGCUGUCGGAAGGCUCCGUGUGGGAGGCCAUGGCCUUCGCCAGCUUCUAUAAGCUGGACAACCUCGUCGCCAUUCUUGAUGUCAACCGCCUGGGCCAGAGUGAUCCUGCCCCACUGCAGCACCAGGUGGACGUCUACCAGAAGCGCUGUGAGGCCUUUGGCUGGCAUGCCAUCAUCGUGGAUGGACACAGCGUGGAGGAGCUGUGCAAGGCCUUCGGGCAGGCCAAGCACCAGCCCACGGCCAUCAUCGCCAAGACCUUCAAGGGCCGCGGAAUCACAGGGAUAGAAGAUAAGGAGUCCUGGCACGGAAAGCCACUGCCCAAAAACAUGGCCGAUCAGGUCAUCCAAGAAAUCUACAACCAGAUUCAGAGCAAGAAAAAGAUCCUGGCGACCCCCCCGCAGGAGGACGCCCCCUCAGUGGACAUCAGCAACAUCCGCAUGCCCUCCCCACCCAACUACAAAGUUGGGGACAAAAUAGCCACCCGCAAGGCAUAUGGACAGGCCCUGGCCAAGCUGGGCCACGGCAGUGACCGCAUCAUCGCCCUGGAUGGUGAUACCAAGAAUUCCACCUUCUCAGAGCUCUUCAAAAAGGAGCAUCCUGACCGCUUCAUCGAGUGCUACAUUGCCGAGCAGAACAUGGUGAGUGUCGCAGUGGGCUGUGCCACACGCAACAGGACGGUGCCCUUCUGCAGCACCUUUGCUGCCUUCCUCACGCGGUCCUUCGACCAGAUCCGCAUGGCAGCCAUUUCUGAGAGCAACAUCAACCUGUGCGGCUCUCACUGCGGCGUGUCCAUCGGGGAAGACGGGCCCUCCCAGAUGGCCCUGGAAGACCUGGCCAUGUUCCGUUCCCUCCCCAUGUCAACCGUCUUUUACCCAAGCGAUGCAGUUGCUACUGAGAAGGCGGUGGAGUUAGCAGCCAAUACGAAGGGCAUCUGCUUCAUCCGGACCAGCCGCCCAGAGAAUGCCAUCAUCUACAAUAACAACGAGGACUUCCAGAUCGGACAGGCCAAGGUGGUACAGAGGAACAAGGAUGACCAGGUGACCGUGAUCGGAGCUGGGGUGACCCUGCACGAGGCCUUGGCCGCCGCCGAGGUGCUCAAGAAAGAGAGAAUCACCAUCCGCAUAGUGGACCCUUUUACCAUCAAGCCACUGGACAAGAAGCUCAUCCUGGAGAGUGCCCGUGCCACCAAGGGCAGGAUCCUUACGGUGGAGGACCACUACUAUGAAGGUGGCAUAGGGGAGGCCGUGUCCGCUGCCGUAGUAGGCGAACCUGGCAUCACUGUCACCCGCCUGGCUGUUGCCCAGGUGCCAAGGAGUGGGAAGCCAGCCGAGCUGCUCAAGAUGUUUGGCAUUGACAAAGAUGCCAUCGCCCAAGCUGUGCGGGGCCUUGUGGCAAAGGCCUAGAAGAGGGCAGGGUUGGGGU